AUAUACAUAUAUGAAUGUAUCCAAGGUGCAAUCCAACCACCACUCGGCUCGCAUUCAAGCAACAAUAGGAGGAAGUGCAAAAGCAAAGCAAGAGAUGGAGGCGGCUGGGUAUCGCUCCCGCAUCGUGGCUGAAGUCGACCCCCGCAGUGAAUGGGUUCAUGGGGACGAGUUCGACACGCUCAUCGUCAACGUCUCAGGAUUCACCAGGGACCAGCUCAAGGUCCAGGUGGAGCCGUCGGGGAGCCUCAAGAUCAGCGGCGAGCGCGCCCUCAACGGCGGCCGCCAGUGGUGCCACUUCCUCAAGCGGUUCGACCUCCCCGGCGCCUGCGACGCCGCGGCGAUCAAGGUCCAGCUCGACAAGGGCGUCCUCUACGUCCAGGUGCCCCGUUCCACGGACGACAGCCAAGAGGACGCGCUGCGAGAAGAGGAGGACGCUGGCGCGUUCUGGAGCGGCGGCCACACGGCGGCGUGGCGGGCCGAUGAGCACCCGGCGUGGCGUCUGGCCAAGAGCCUGGGCGAGCACCGAUACGUCGUCCUGAACGUCGUGCUCGCCGUCGUGCUCCUCUGGCUCGUCGCGUUCUCCAACAGCAAGCAGAGCGGUGGGCAGAUCAAGAACGAAUGAGGCAAGCAAUACACAUGCACGCACAGCGGGACAGUCGUACAACACAACAGAUCGAUGUAAAUAGGCAGGAUUUGGAACGCGGGAAUUUUCAAAUCCAAGUCUCAAGAUAUCAAGCACCAUCGGAUAUAAAGACAUACUACUACUACACAUGGUCCCACUUUA